CCGCUGCUUCAAAACGAAAGUGAAAGUAGCCUCGAUUUCAAUGUAAUCCACGUGAUUUCAACACCGGCAGAGAUUCUUACCAUUUACUAGGCAGAUUUAAAGAACAAAAUGGCUGUGACAGAGGUAUCUAGUAACAGAAUGUUUGAUGGCUUGCAGAAAGUCUUUAGUCAUGAGAGUACAGAAUGCAAAUGUACCAUGAAGUUUGGGAUAUAUUUACCACCUCAAUCUGACUCAAAGAAAUGUCCUGUACUGUAUUGGUUAUCAGGAUUAACAUGUACUGACCAAAACUUUGUAACUAAAGCUGGUGCCCAGAAGUAUGCUGCCAAACAUGGUAUAAUAGUUGUAGCACCAGACACCAGUCCACGUGGCUGUAAUAUCGCUGGAGAAGAUGACAGUUAUGACUUUGGAUCAGGGGCAGGGUUCUAUGUCAACGCCACACAGGAUCCAUGGAAAACAAACUAUAGGAUGUAUGCUUACGUUACACAGGAGCUACCAGCUUUAAUAAACAGUAAUUUUCCUGUUGAUGUUGGAAAACAAUCAAUUUCUGGACAUAGUAUGGGUGGACAUGGUGCCUUAAUUUGUGCCCUGAAAAAUCCUGGCCAGUAUAAAUCUGUUAGUGCUUUUGCUCCAAUUUGUAACCCAAUGAACUGCCCAUGGGGUGUCAAGGCCUUUACUGGUUACCUUGGAGAGGAUAAAGAAGCAUGGAAGGAAUAUGAUGCUACCUGUCUAGUUAAGAAGUACAAUGGCCCACCAUUAGAUAUAUUAAUUGAUCAGGGUAAAGCAGACAAUUUUUUAGCCCCAGGACAAUUACUACCUGAUAACUUUGUGGCAGCAUGUACAGAAAGUAAAACACAAGUCACCCUCAGGAUGCAGGAGGGAUAUGACCACAGUUAUUACUUCAUGGCCACAUUUAUAGAGGAUCACGUCAAUCACCAUGCCAAAUUCCUGAAGUGAACUACACACAGAUUGUGAUUGACUUAGAUGAUUGUAGUUUUCAAACAGUGAUUCAGACAAUCAUAUGAAUGAUUAGGUUGAUUAUAAUGAUAAAAAAAAUUCAGCUAGAAAAAAACAUUUUAUACUAAAGUAAAAUAGAUUCAUAGACUUGUGUCCUUAGUAGUUAUGAUUUUAUCUGAUAAUUUGAUAAUUUGAUAGGAGUUUGGAGAUAAAUCAUGUAUACUCUGUAAUCUUUGUUGACAUUGAUUGUAUUAAACAUUUUGUAUUGCAGUGCAUCAUGCUGAUAUUAACAGUCAAUGACUGGGUACAAAUAAAGUCAUUUACCAUGAAGUGAAUGCAAUUCUUAUCUGUCUGGGUUGUUAAAACUGAAUAAUAGCUUGUUCGAGUUAGUGAUCAGCAUUAGGAAUUUCACUAUUAUGUUGAUAUUGAACUUUAGUAAUAAUCCAAUAUGUUUUGCACUGGCUUGCUGUUUCUACUGAUUCCUUUGUCAUAUUGAUAAAAUAACCUAAUAUAUAAUCCAGAAUAAAAGUAAUUAUAUGAUAAUAAAUAACCAUUCUUUUGA